AUGACAUUAAAAUGUGAAAUGUGGCUACAUCCUCAGAGAAAAAAAGAAAUCUUUUGCUUUCUACCUGAAUGUCUAAGAAUGUUGGAAAUAUUAUUAUUUCAGGAUAUGGAAGUAAUAAGAAAUUGCCUCACAUGCAUCGCAUUGCAGAACAUUACCGAGGUCUCGAUGACGAAGACCAGUCUUCGUCUUCAUACGACACAACACAACAAGGAGAACCCGACAAAUACAAAGAAGCUUAAUGAAAGAACAGGAAUCGAGCACCUGGAGACUCUUUUCACACGAGGACAUCGCCAUCUUCGUCUUCAUACGACACAACACAACAAGGAGAACCCGACAAAUACAAAGAAGCUUAAUGAAAGAACAGGAAUCGAGCACCUGGAGACUCUUUUCACACGAGGACAUCGCCAAUUCCGGCACGGGGAGAAGCGGGUAGUUUAA